CGGAGUUUGGUAAUAAUGUUAAUACGGAGUAUGGGAUUUUGGGAAUUAUAAUAACACUUUAUUAAUCCCUUUUCAUUAUUUUGACUUUUCAAUAAACUUGAUCAUGAAAUUAGCAUCUCGGGUGUUUUCUAUGUUCAACGUGUUAUGCUAUGCGAAGUCUAGCGAAUUACGAACUUCUUCCUAGGGCAUAGCCGCCGCUAGAUUAUUUCUGAUUUCGAUCUUUCUUGAUCGAAAUUCGGUCAGUGUUUCCCUAGCGAGAUCUCUCGAUAAGGGUUUUUACUUCGCCGCCCUGGUGCGACGUUUCUUUCAAUCGACGCAGCUCUGCGCCAGAUUAUCGUGGUCUGGACGUAGCUCGGGAUGGAUGAUUGUGACAGCGAGAAGAUGGUGGAAGAAGCGAGAGAGAUACGUAGGGAUGAUCGGGACAUGGUUAGCAUGGAGAGGCUGAACGCUCCAUUCGAUGACAUGAAUUUGGGUCAUAUGGCGGGUACGCCACUGAAAGGGGGUAUUAAUCGAGCGACGGUCCGACCUCCGCCUGAACCACCACCAUGGGUUGUACGAGGUGCUAGAGUCCGUGAAAGUUUUCCUAGUAAUUUUUAUCUGUUUGUCAUUUAUUUUCUUGUGUUCAUCUUUGUUGUUGGUUUUGACAAUUUGUUUGAGUUUUUAGCCUCUCUUUAUGUCAUUGGGUAUGGUUGGAUCUAUGGGAACAGGUUUGGCUGUGUCAAGCCCACUACAUGGUUAGCGAUUCGUGUUGCUCUUUCGGAGGUGACCGUCUCAAAGUCUCACCAUAGGGUUACAGUCGUAAUUGUUAGAGUUUUAGUUGGUGUCAGUUUUAUUUACCAUUUGCUUGAUGUAACGAUCCUGAAUCUUUUGAUAUGAAUAGAGGCCUAUAUAACUAGAGGCCUGUUUUGAUGAUAAAAA